UUAAACUAGCUGCUGUUUUUUUUUUUUCUCGAAUUUCGCCACAAGGAAACUAAAAGGUUGAACAAAUCUGAAUGCUACAGAAGACCAGGUUCUCAUAAAACUAUUUUGUAAUGUAAUUCAACUACUGUCUCUGCAAACUGCAUAAAUCAUUGUCAGCCAACAAAAAUGCAGAGGGGAUUAGCGUCGUUUAAUCGUCAUUUUGAUUAUGCGCAACUGGUGAAGAUAAGUCACUUUUCUCCCUUCAUCAACCUUGCCGCUACUGAACUACGGCCCUUUUUCUAAUGGCGUGAUCAAAACCAAGACGACACUUGAGAUGAUCACCUUCAUGAGAGAUUUAACAAGACGUCUUCCCGCUUUUCAUCGUUACUCGCAAUGACGGAGCGCUAUCCUUUAGCCGAGAAGGCGAUGUCGGAAGGCUACGCUCGACUCCGGUUCAAGGACACAUCGCUGCUAAUUUGGCAACAGCAGCAGCUGGAGCUGGAGAAAGCGCCUCCGACCAAUUACCUCAGCCGCAGUCAGAGCUCAUGGUACAGCCAGUAUGGCAACCAGGCAGUUGUGAUACAGGACAAAACGAGACGGAAAGAUUCUGACAGCACUGGACAGUCCCGGAUUUGUGCAGUUAUGUGAUAGUGUUAUUUUUGUUGUGACUGGUAUCACACAUACUGGAGCGUUUCUGUCAAGGCAAAAAUGUCAACUGUCAUUUGUCCACACGUCAUUAUUCAGACAGUCUCGUGGGCAAGUUUACACCGAGCUUUAUGAACAAUGCAUCAGUAUUUUAGCAUUUAUAUAGUGCAACAGCAGUAUAGUUUGAGGAGCAUUGUCUGCUUAUUAUAGUUACAGACCAACGAGUACCACAACUCAAUUUAAAAUUUUUUAUCCCAUGUUAUUCCCAGAAAAGUGAACACGUAUUUUCUCAUUGGAUAUCCCAAUGUAACAAAUUGCGCAUGCGUAUUUUUUUAAAGUAUGUUUGCUGUUCCUCAAGACCCAACUAUAUACUUUUACUUAAUAAUACUUUGUUUCAUUUAAUGUAGGAGCAACUACAAUUGUAUAAAUGUGAAUUAGUUACUUGUUCAAACAACUAUUUUCAUGUUUACAUGUAUUAAGAUUUAUGAGACAGAGCAAUCUUAACAACACUAAGACUCUAAGUAUUAUAUGAACCAAUUAUGCUAGCUUUAUCUAUAUUAUAUCAGAUGCUUCCAAAAAAUGUUCAUGUGAAAUCAAGAUUUUAAUGGGUUAACAGACUUUUAUGACCUUAAGUUGGUACAUUUUAACAACUUGACCUCAUUACGCUGCCCAAAACAGUAUCUUAUUUAAAUCUUACUAUUGUGUUUUAUGUCUUCUAAAAAACAAAAGCAUUAAGUGCACUCAAAUAAAUACAUCUAGAUAGUAAAAAUACACUCCUAUGGGUUUUUGUGAUUUAUUUACGAAAAACAGGGGGCUCAGUGUCCAAAUCUCAGAUUAGCUUAUACAUCAGAUAUUACCAUGUAAGUCUGCGCCAAAACAUACUUGUCAACUUGCUUUAACUUGCUGAACUUAACAUAUGCAGCGUUACCAAUUUUAAAAUUUCACUCGAAAGAAUGACAUUUACAUGUUAUAAACUGCUCAAAAAGUUUAAGAAAUAUACUGUAAAUUGGCAUGCAAUACACAAAUGUUCUCUCUUUCUCUCAUAAAAAAAAGAACUAAAAUACUUAGACCCAAGACAAGAGUUGACGAAUAAGUAGUGAAUAUACAUUUAUAUCUGUAAUUAUAUAUCCUAUGUAUCUUUAUAUCUCUGUCUGCAUCAUUUUCUUUAUCAUGAACCCCAGUUGUAUUUACUGGGCUCUGCUGGAGGAAUUGAGGAAGAGGAGCUGUAACAGAAAUUAUUUUUGAGACAAGGAAGGUUAUAGUCACAAGGAACAUGUAAUGCAAUACAGUGGUAUAAUGAAUAAAAUCAAAACAUAAUUAAAAGCAUCCUACAUAUAAGAAAACAACCCAUUAAGUCACUUUACAUCACAAUUUUGAUGUUUUCAUGAUUAAAAAAAAAAAAAAAAAAAAAUCUAUACACAUUGGCUUCAAUUUAAAUCAGUUAUACCAGACCCAUUUUACUUUAUUUUAGUGUGCCAACUAAACUUAAGGCAAAAAGAGCACAUCCAAUGAUUUUACGGGGUUCAGAGUUGAAUUCAAGGCUGUUAAAUGAAAUAAAUCAUUGCCAAUGCCAAAACCCAGUGAAUGAGUAGCAUUACUGCAGCCACAAAAAGAAAAUGAGAAAAUAACCUCAAAUACAUUCAUUUUUUUUUUUAUAUAAAGAUUAUCAGUCAUGGUCCAUUUCCAAACUAUUCUGGAUACAUGGCAAGAAGUGUCUAGGUACCAUUGAAAGCAUUCAAUACACCAUUUGAGAAAAACAAAAGUAAAAUAAUAAAGUUAUUAAACUUGAGAACAUACAUUAGUUGUAAUACUUUCAACUAAUAAUAACUACUGUCAAACACAUAUCCUUCUGAAAUUAAAUCUAGCACUGCUGCUUGUAGUCUUCUCAAAGAUAACUGUCCAACUUUGUCUUUAAAUGCUUCCCUCUUUUGCUUUACAGUAGUCUGGCUACUUGUCCAAGAGAGCUAGCAUUCACUUGGUUUUCCCAAGGAGGAGUUUCAGAGAGGCUGAUUCAUUCCAAUCUGCAGCCUUGUGGGUGUUUUUUUAACAUCUGAAUGUAUUUUGCCAUUAUUUUUGAGUGUACUCGGACACUCUAAAAUACCUCCAUUUCAUAUAUACUGAACUUGAAUCACAACUUUGAUUGUCCUAUGAAUGGACUUGGUAAAGAUUGGGCGUAUCAGAUAGAAAGUAGGAUAAGAGAUACUCAGGGCACCUACAUAUCAAUAGUAAAAAAAAAAAAAAAAAAAAAAAAAAAAAAAA